AUGCCUUUCUUUUCAAGCAUUAUUGGCAAGACCGAUGCCAAGAAGGAUCUCGACAAAAUGGAGAAGGGUACUACCAGCAGCGGUAGUGCUGCUAAACAGGAAGCUCCUGAUUUUGAGACCAAAUGGAAAUAUUUACAACAAGGCUUUAACAAACUGAUUGACUUUUUGAACACCAACAUGUCCAAGCCUUUCAAUAACGAAGAAUAUGCCGAGUUAUAUACUACGGUAUUCAAUUUGUGUACACAAAAAGUAGAUACCAACAAGAAGGGAGGUGCUACCGAAUUAUUGUACGAUCGUUAUAGAACAUGUAUCAGUGAUUAUUUGAAGCAAUUGGUGGUUGUUGCUCUCAAAGAAAAAACAAGAUACUAUACUAAACAUAACAAUAGAGACGAUCUGAGAAGCGUUGGAUUGAAAUGUUAUCAAGAAUUGGUUUAUGGAAGUAUCAAGAAGGAUAUGGCUCAUGCUUUACUCGAUAAAAUUCACAAGGAAAGAGAAGGAGAUUUAAUUGAUCGAUCCAUGAUGAAGGACGGUAUUACUUUGUUCAUUGAAAUGGGAUUGGGAAGUUUGAAUGCCUAUGAAGAAGAUUUUGAACGUAAUUUGUUGUCUGAAACACAAACCUAUUACAAUAUUCAAAGCUCAAAAUGGAUUGCUGAAGAUUCUUGUCCUGAUUAUAUGAAAAAGACUGAAGACAAAUUAGAACAAGAAGAAAGGAGAGCUGUUUCAUAUCUUCAUCAAAACACAAAGGCUAAAUUGAUUACUAAAGUUCAAGAUGAACUUAUUAGAAAGCAUCAAAUGACACUUUUGAACAUGGAUGGUUCUGGUCUAGUUGCUUUGUUAAAGGCUGGAGACAAACAAGAAGAUUUGUCAAGAAUGUAUAACUUGUUUGAUAGAAUUGAUUCAUUACAACCAAUGGCAGAGAAAGUAAGAGAUUUCAUCACUGAAGAAGGUGUUAAAAUUCACUCCAAUCAAUGUCAACAAGAAAAUAUUGAUGCCAAGGCCUAUGUGGAUGAAUUAUUGAAGUUACACACAACCUAUUCUAAAUUGGUUACCAAUGAGUUCAAACAAAAUCCACUAUUUUUGGAGGCUUUGAAAGAUGCCUUUACUCACUUUGUUAAUCUUGAAGUGGUUACAGCAGGUGAAAAGAGUAGAGCUUCUACUGCUGAAUUGAUUUCAACUUAUUGUGAUGCUGUCAUGAAGGAAGUUGAUAAGGUUGGUGAAGAAAACUUGGAUGCUCUCUUAGAAAAUGUGGUGAAAUUGUUUGGCUACUUGAAGGAUAAGGACAUGUUUAUGGCUUUCUACAGAGAACAUUUGAGUAAGAGAUUGUUGGUAACCAGUCGUUUGAACUUGGAUGCUGAAAGAUCAUUCAUUGGUAAACUCAAGAUGCGUAUGGGUAUGUCCUUCACACAAAAGUUGGAAGGUAUGAUCAAGGAUAAGAGCAUUUCUGAAAACUUGAGAAAUGAUUUCAAGACCUACACUUCCAACAAGUCUAUUGCUUUACCAUUUGAAUUUAACCCUGAAGUUUUGACUCUUGGUUGUUGGCCACAAAUGAAAACAGACAAGAUGACCAUUCCACAAGAAUUAGGUAUUUGUUUAGAUGCUUUCAAAAAGUUCUAUGAUUCUAUUACACAACAAAGAAAGUUGGAUUGGAUUCACUCUCUUGGUACAGCUAUUGUUACAGGACGUUUCGCAUCAGGUACAAAGGAAAUUUCAACAAACACUUAUCAAGCAUGUAUUUUGUUAUUGUUCAACAAUCAAGCUGAAAUGACAUUCCAAGAGAUUCAAAACUCUUUGAAUUUACCACCAACAGAAGUUAAGAGAAAUUUACUUGCAUUGUGUGCAACAAAGGCAGCAAACAUUUUGAACACAGAUGGAAAUAAGAAGGUAAUCAAUCCACCUGAUAAGUUUUCUGUCAAUGCUGAUUUUGAAAGCCCAUUGAGAAGAAUUAAGAUUCCAAACGUUGUUGUUCAAGUUACACAACAACAAAAGCAAGAAAUUAAUCAAAAGGCUCAAGAAGAAAGAAAGUAUGUCAUUGAUGCUGCUCUUGUCCGUAUCAUGAAGGCCAGAAAGGUACUCAAAUAUCAAGAACUCAUGACAGAAACUAUCAAACAAUUGAGUUCACACUUCCUUCCUGAUCCAAAGUUGAUCAAGAAGAGAGUUGAAGAUUUGAUUGCAAGAGAAUAUCUGGAACGUGAUGCCAAGGACAGCAGCACCAUUCAAUAUGUUGCUUAA